AUGGAAGAACACACAAAAAAUCAACUAGAUCAUGAGUCGGAGAAAAUGGAAAUCUUACGAUUGGCACAGUCCAAGAAAAAUAUUAACAGUUUAAACAUGGCCCUUGAAAGGGAUAUGCAGAGAAUUGAUGAAGCAAAUCAGGAUCUUCUUCUCAAAAUCCAAGAGAAAGAAGAGGCUAUUCAGAGGCUGGAAAGUGAGCUCACUCAGACACGAGACCUGGCGGAAGACGAGGAGUGGGAGAAAGAUAACUGUACAGCCAUCGAAAGAGAAAGAGACUUGCUGGAGCUGGAGGAAGAAACAGACAAACUCGAAAAGAAAAAUGAAACACUGGUCCAGAGUAUAGCAGAACUUAAAAGGAAGUUUACAACGAGAAUCCAUAAGACAACCAGUAAUGAACAAAGCAAUCUAGACGAAACCCCGGAGGAGUCAAAGGUUAGAUUACAACAUCUGGAAUCAUCCUGUGCAGAACAAGAGAUGGAGCUGGUCAAGGUAAUGGAGGACUAUGCAUUUGUGAUUCAGCUCUGUGAAGAUCAAGCUCUCUGCAUAAAGAAGUACCAGGAAACUUUGAAGAAUAUAGAAGAAGAACUAGAGACUCGGUUCCUUGAGAGAGAAGUAUCAAAAGUCAUGAGCAUGAAUUCUGCAAGAAAAGAGUGCAACACUUCAAAUAAUGAGGCAAAGAACUUCAUGAGUAACAGUUUCUUGACUUUCUCUUUCAGGAUUUCUCGAUGUCUCCUUUUUACUAUCCUAUUUUUCAUCAGACUCCUAGGCUACACAUUUUUCCAUAUAAGUUAUAUAAAUCCAGAUCUCCUUGUCAACAUAUUGCCCAGGAUAUUGAACAGGGGCAUUUUGUGGAAGCUAAGAUGCAUCCUCUUACCAUCUCUCACGCUGAAGACAGAGGACAUGCUACCUCACUGA